GGACCAGCAACCACCGAGACGCACGGACCUCCGAGAGCCCUAGAGAGGAAGCGGAAGGGGCUCUUUCCUCACGCACCUGUCUGACAGCGUCCGCGGCCCACAUCCGGUCUCUGAGGGCUCGGGUCGGGUCGUCGUGGCUGAGGGGCUGAGGACCCUCAGUCUUCUGGGAGGAGUGUGAAGAUGCUAAAGGAGCGUCCAGGGAUGGCAGAAGACCCCCAGCAACAGAUGGGUGUUCCUGUGGUAAAGCUGGAGAAAGAGUUGCCAUGGGCCAGGGGAAGGGAGGACCCUAGUCCUGAGACUUUUCGUCUGAGGUUUCGGCAGUUCCGCUACCAGGAGGCAGCUGGUCCUCAGGAAGCCCUCAGGGAACUCCAGGAACUCUGUCGCCAGUGGCUGAGGCCUGAGCUGCAUACCAAGGAGCAGAUCAUGGAGCUGCUGGUGCUGGAGCAGUUCCUGACCAUCCUGCCACGGGAGUUCUAUGCCUGGAUUCGGGAGCAUGGCUUGGAGAGUGGCAAGGCUCUUGUGGCCAUGGUGGAGGACUUCACAGAGAGAACGUUGGAGGCCAAGGCGGUUCCAUGCCUCGUGCAGGGAGAACGGGAGGAGACAGCACUUUGCAGAGGCCCUUGGGAACCAGGUGUUCACCUGGGACCAGUGGAGGUCAAGCCUGAGUGGGGGAUGCCCCAUGGGGAAGGAGUUCAAGGCUUAGACCAAGGCACUGAGGAGCAACUCAGUCAAGACCCUGGAGCUGGGACACAAGCCUUCCAGGAGCAGGCUCUGCCAGUUCUUCAGGCUGGUUCUGGCCUCCCUCCAGUGAACACCAGAGACCAAGAGAUGGCAGCUGGGUUCCUUUCAGCUGGACCCCAGGGGUUGGGGCCAUUUAAAGAUAUGACUCUGGCCUUCCCUGAGGAGGAAUGGAGACAUGUGACCCCAGCCCAGAUAGACUGUUUUGGGGAAUAUGUGGAACCCCAGGACUGUGGGGUCUCACCUCCAGGCAUUGGGAGCAAGGAAAAGGAGUCUAAAACCCAGCAGGCAGACCUCAAGGGGGCGCUUGCUCGGGUGACGGCAGAGAGGUUUGGGGAAGCCACACUCCAGAGCCCUGAGCUUGGAAGAACCUGUGAGCAGGAGCCCAGUAGCUCUGUGGGAAACAUGCCAGGGCCGCCUCCUCCUCAGCAUGGUGUCAUAUCCCUGCCCGAUGACCUCAAGACCCACAGCUCCUUUUGGAAGCCUUUUCAGUGCCCCGAGUGUGGAAAAGGCUUUAGUCGGAGCUCAAAUCUUGUCAGACACCAGCGAACCCAUGAAGAAGAGAAAUCCUAUGGGUGUGUCGAGUGUGGGAAGGGGUUCACCUUGAGAGAGUACCUCAUGAAGCACCAGAGAACCCACCUGGGAAAGAGACCCUAUGUGUGCAGUGAGUGCUGGAAAACGUUCAGUCAGAGGCACCACCUCGAGGUCCACCAGAGGAGUCACACAGGGGAGAAGCCUUACAAGUGUGGUGACUGCUGGAAAAGCUUUAGCCGGAGGCAGCAUCUGCAGGUGCAUCGGAGAACUCACACAGGGGAGAAGCCCUACACUUGUGAGUGCGGCAAGAGCUUCAGCAGGAACGCAAACCUGGCUGUGCACCGGCGAGCCCACACCGGGGAGAAGCCAUAUGGGUGCCAGGUGUGUGGGAAGCGGUUCAGUAAAGGGGAGCGAUUGGUCAGACACCAGAGGAUCCACACUGGGGAGAAGCCCUACCACUGUCCAGCCUGCGGGAGGAGCUUCAACCAGAGGUCCAUCCUCAAUCGGCAUCAGAAAACUCAGCAUCGCCAGGAGACCCUGGCACAGUAAGGAUGCACCUUUUUUACGAAAGGAAGGUGCUGGAAGGUGUAGGACCUUUCAGGCUCGCCAAGUGGAGGGAGAUCCCAUUGGAGGAUGCAUUCGUCUUUCCUCACUGAAGGGCUUUGAGGAGGGAGUGGUAGAGUGAUAGGGCGCAGAAAGGCACUUUGACCCAUUUUCUUUCCAUUUGUUGUCAAACAGAAGCAAGGCAAUGCCUGAUUUGUUUUGAGUUUCCAGAGAGCACAGCUCCUCACGUCUCUUAUCCAAGUGGUGCAAACUGUUUUUUACUGUCUUUUGGGAAAUUAUAUCCUGAACUUCAGUUCAGGUUGAAGUUUUUUUCCUUCAUUGGGAUGUCAUGUACGCCUCUCGAGCAAGUCUGACAAAGUUUUGUCCCAUGUUGGCAAGUUACACCUCAUUGUGAUGAGGGCUGUAUCGACCUGCAAAAUCAUUAGUUCAGACUCUGCCUCUCUUCUUUUCCAUUUAACAAGUAUUUAUUGAACAGCUACUGUGUCUGGUGCUGGGAGCACAGUGGUGAAUGAGGCACAUGAGCUGUGAGCCUCCCGGAACUGGUGAUUUAGCAGUGGGAACACACACAGAACCAUUAAUAGCUCCAGACAUUCUAAGUUAUGUUUGUGGUACGUGCUGUUUGAGAGGGUCGUCUUCUGGUGCUCACUCGUUCUGCCCUGCCACUCAGGUGCUGGAUCUUCCCCUCCCUAGUUAGGAUCUCUCAGGCAGCCUUGUUUAUUUUACUUUAUUUUUACCCCCUUUGUCUCUGUAACAGCAUACCCUCAUUUGUAUAGUUUCCCCAUUAUUCCUUGUACUGUAACAACUAUCCACCCAUCCAAUAGGAAAUUAAUAUUUUGCUAUUGAUUACCGAAUAAACAUGAAAGUAUUUUAAAAAGUGUUCAGUUCUAUAUAAAGAUCUAAUUAAAUAAAUCUGAAAGAUGAACUAUUA